AUGACAAAUAUGAUUUGUAUGCCAAAUUCUCCAUCAGUCGGAUCUGUUAUUCCAUUGUUAAAACCAUUCGAUGAAGAUGAACAUCAAUUCGUUAGUACAAAAAGACGAGCAUCACCAAAAACGAUCCUUAUGGCAGAAAUAAGUCGAAGAUUAAUGAGAAGAAAACUUUUAUACAAUCGACUACACGUUAUCAGUAUAAUCAUGUGUAGUCUUGGUCUUCUCGGUGUACUUUUAAUGAUAAUUAAUAAUGAAAUUAUUUUUUCGAAUCUCUUUCCUCGAAGUAUUUAUAUCUGUUGGUUUAUUAAAUUAUUUAUCACAAUUACAACUUUGAUUCUCAUUGGAUUUAUCUUUUAUUAUCGUCGUUUAGAUUUAGAUUUGUAUGCAAUUAAUAAUUCGUUUAAACAUUGGCGAAUUGGAUUGAACACGUCGAAAAUACUUUUAACUUUUAUCGAAGUUUUUGUUUGUUUAAUUCAUCCAGUUCCAUUGCCAAUACCUUUCUUAUCGAAAAUUCCAUAUGAAAAUUCGACAAUCUACAAUUCAACUUCACCCGAUUAUAUAACUUUGGAUGUUGCACUUGGUUUACCAAUGUUCGGUCGUUUGUAUUUAUUGUGUCGUUUUAUGAUGUUUAAUUCUCAUUUAGUUCGUGAUGCAUUUUCUCAAUCAUUAGGUUCACUUAAUCAAGUAUCAGUGAAUUUUUAUUUUCUUAUCAAAACUUAUCUUCAACAAUGGCCAGCACGAUGUUUGUGUGUUUUUUGUAUUUUACUCUUUUUGAUUAGCAGUUGGUCUCUACGAGCAUGUAAUUAUAAAUCAACUAUUGUGCAUAUUUCAAUGCUCGAUGCUAUGUGGUUAUUUAUUGUAACAUUCACAACAGUUGGUUAUGGAGAUGUGACACCGACGACGUAUUGUGGACGAAGUGUAGCAGCGAUAACUGCGAUGAUUGGUGUGUUAUCUACUGCUUUGUUAAUAUCUGUUCUUGCUCGGAAACUUGAAUUGAGUCGUGCAGAGAAAUAUGUUCAUAAUUUUGUUUUAAAUAUGAAAUUGGUGAAAGAUCGAAAACAUCAAGCAUCGAAUGUGAUUAAAUUUGUUUUGAAACUUUGGAUUUUACGACGCAAAAAUCAAGCUUCAUCCAAUGAAUUUCUCAAAGCACAAAGAGGUUUAGUUCGUUCGAUGCAUUUCAAUCAACAAAUUAAACAAGAACAAAAGAAAUUAGUUGACAAUUGUGUUGGAAUGCCGGAAUUAAUCAUUAUGCAACGAGAUACAAAUGAUAAAACAUGUGAAAAUACUGCGACAUUAAUCAUUACCAAGGAAAAAAUCGAGAAAAUUGAAGAAAAACUUUGUCAAAUCGAUCAAACGAUGAUUGAUAUACAAAAUUCGCUUCGAAUCUUAGCAAAUCAAUUAGCAAAAUAA